AUGGCGACGUCUGAUGACUUCGAACAGGCGAAGGUAAAGGAAAGUUAUGGUGAUUUGUUAACUUGUACCAUUUGUCUUGAGACAUUUAAAGUACCUAAGUAUCUUCCAUGUCUCCAUACGUUCUGUGAGACCUGUAUACACACGUAUAUAUUGUCGUCGGUGAAGGAGGAUAGACCUGAAACUUUUAAAUGUGCGAUAUGUCGUCGACAAGUUCAGAUACAGGAAUGUCAAGGAAAACCGGAUACAUGGGCGAAACAAUUACCUGGGAAUCAUUUUAUAGUUUCGUUAAUAGAUCGGAGAGAAUUAAAUCAAGAUGAAAAACAAUGCAGUGCUUGUGAAAGUAACAAUAAAUCGAAAAAAGCCGUGUCCUGGUGUACUGUUUGCGAAGAGGCAUAUUGUGAUGUUUGCGAAGUAAGUCAUAAGUCAUUUAAAAUAAGCCGUACUCAUAAACUUGUUCAAAUAAAGGAUAUGAAUGAAGAAAAAGCUGUAUCUCUAUCGGAGUUCAUUGAAUGCAACGAACACCCACAGAAAACCAUAGAAGUGUAUUGUAUAGAUCACAGUAAACCAUGUUGUACACUUUGUGCAACAGUUCGCCAUAGGAAAUGUGAACAGGUUGUUACAAUAGAUAAAGCCUUGCAUGGUAUAAAGAAAUCUGAAAAAGUCAGAAACUUGGUCAAAACAUUAAGAGAAAGUAAUGAAAACUUGGAUGAAAUACUUCAAAAACGGGAACAGAAUAUAAAAUCUUUCGAAAUGGACACCGAUAUUGUAAUUUCAAAAAUUGGGACGUUGAAAGAAAAUCUUAUUAAGCAUGUAGAUAGACUAGAGGAAAGCUUACGGGAUGAAAUAAACAGUUCGAAGAAACAGGUUACAAUUAAAAUGAACGAUGAAGUUACUGAACUGUCUAGUUUGAAAAGUAAUUUCAUUAACUGGAAAAAUAUAUUUGAUGCAUGUAUCGCCGUAGGAUCCGAACUGCAUUGCUUAGUGCGGAUGGAAGAAAUAUUAGAAAACCUCCCCCAGUUUGACAAACAAGUGUCAAAACUUACCACUGAAAUGGAGGACACAGCUAUAUCGUUCUAUCCAAAUGAUUUGAUAUCUGAUAUAACGUCCCUCGGUCGCAUAAUUUUAAAGGGUUCCACAAUGAAACGUCAAAAGGGAAUGCGAAAGGUGGAUUUCCAUUCAGGAAAGGUAAAACUAUUAUUCACAAUAGAAUUAGCUGACCAUGGACAAGUCAGUGGAGUAUUCACCCACGAUUGUAUCUUACUUUCUAGUUUCAACAACGAUAAAAUUGUCAAAUACGAUAAUAAAGGAGCACGAAUUGGAGAACUAAAAAUGUCUAAAAACACAAGUGACCUAUCAAAUGUGUCUGAUUGGACUGUUGCUGCGGCAACAAAAUCAACUCAGAUUCACUUGAUAAACGCUCAAACACUUACUCUGCAAAAGAUAAUAACUACCAAUGUAACUAUAUAUGGUAUACAUUGUAUUGAUAACGCAUAUAUAUCUACUGAUCCUGAUAAUUUCAAUAUAUCAUGGUUGGAUUCUACAUUCAAAAGCGUCCGAACCCAAAAAUCCGGGACAGACGUUUAUUUCGCAUAUUUCAAGGGCAAAAAUGAGUAUAUAUACAAAGAAAGUAUUAAUUCUAUCAAACAUGUAUCUUCCACUGACACAUUUACGUAUCGAAGUGAAGCUAACCCAUAUACUUAUGGUGUCGACUUUGAAGCUAACAUUUAUGUCGCAGGGUUUACCUCUGAUGCUAUUCAUCAGCUGACACCAACUUGUGAAUUAGUCAGAAUAAUUCCGUUUUCAACGUUUGCUGCCAAGCCGGGUACUCAUUUAUGGGUAUUGCGAUUUGAGGAGAAUAGUAACAGAUUUUUGUUAACUAGUUUUAACAGCGGGAAAGUGUUGAUAUGUCAAAUUGAUUAG